GCUGCGUAGCGGUAUCAAAAUGUCAGGAAGAGGCAAAGGAGGUAAAGGACUCGGAAAAGGAGGCGCCAAGCGUCAUCGCAAGGUUCUCCGUGAUAACAUCCAGGGCAUCACCAAGCCCGCCAUUCGCCGCCUGGCUCGCCGCGGUGGCGUUAAACGUAUUUCAGGCUUGAUCUACGAAGAGACACGCGGUGUUCUGAAGGUGUUCUUGGAGAACGUCAUCCGUGAUGCCGUGACCUACACCGAGCACGCCAAAAGGAAGACCGUGACCGCCAUGGACGUGGUCUACGCUCUGAAACGCCAAGGACGUACUCUGUACGGCUUUGGCGGUUAAAUCAACAUGAAGUAGACAAAUUGAGGUUCAACACAAAGGCUCUUUUAAGGGCCACCCACAUGUUACGCAUCAGAGACUUUAUUUCCAUAUUCCGGGUGUUGGCUGACUAAAUUGAGUGGAGCCUUGUGAAACGCAAUGAACAAUACUGAGUUGAUGGGUUUAGUUUCGUCCCCCAGUUUUAGGCGCAUUUGAACUCUUUCAAUGCCAGUCUAGGCUAGAAAA